UAAUCUUGAAUAUUAAAGUAUUCUAUGAUAAAAAAUCUCAUAAAGAAAACAAAGCUUGUAUUCCUUCUACUUCUAUCCCUGAAGAUAUUUGUUGUAGUAUAGAAGGAAAUAUGAGAACUUAUGAAUAUAUUGUAUCAUCAGAUUUCAAACUUAUUGAUAAUAUAACUGAUCCUAAAACUUGUUGUAAAGCUUGUUAUAAGAAUCCUGAAU